AUAACAGAGUCUAAUCAAUACAUUAAUAAAAACCACACAAAAUAUUCAAUCGAAAGAAGAAAUAAUGUUUUUUAUAAGUGCUUUUGUUUUGACGCUAAUUGUAUGGUUGGGAUUGGCGUCAGUCGGACACGACUUCUGGAUCCAUAGGAAAUACAUCGAGAAAUUGAUGAAACUCUUUGAAUACGGCCGCAAACGAGUGGUUAUCGUUGAGCACAAGAUUAAGGAAAGGCAGAGGAAAUUGAGCCGAAUUAGAGAAGAAGCGUUUGUCGACACCGACGACGACGAGGCCGAAGAUGUCUUCGACACUUUUGCCGAUAAAUCAGCAAAUGGUGGCAAAAACGGCGAUGUGUUUGAACACAGACGCCAUCGCACUAUGAGUUUGAGUAUCAAUCAGGAGAAGAAGGAGUUCCACGUG